AUGCGCAUCACUUUCUGGGCUCUUCCCGUAGCCGCAGCGGCCAUCAGCCCCUGGUACAGCACCUCGCCUGCUGGAAUCACUCGCCUCACAGGCAGUUCCUUUGGCAUCCUCGGCAUCAAUGCCACUUUUGAUUACGUGAUCGUGGGCGGCGGCACAGCAGGGCUCACUAUCGCGGCGCGGCUGGCUGAGAAUGUCAAUCUAUCGAUUGCUGUGAUUGAAGCCGGAGGCUUUUAUGAGCAAGACAACUCCAACGUCUCGCAAAUUCCAGCCUACGCGGUGGAGUACUCGAGCGCAAGCCCUUCCACGAUUCAGCCGGAGGUGGACUGGGGGAUUGUGACCAGUUCCCAGCCGCAAUUGAAUGAUCGCGAGAUUCAUUACACGCAAGGGAAGUGUCUAGGCGGCGGAUCAGGUCGCAAUUACCUCAUAUACCACCGGGGUACAAUAGGCACGUAUCAGCGCUGGGCGGACAUGGUCCAAGACGAUAGUUACACCUUCUCCAACCUGCUGCCCUACUUCCAGAAAAGCGGCCAAUUCACGCCGCCCAACUACGAGAAAAGAGGAUCCAAUCUAUCUGUGAAGUAUGAUCCGUCCGCCUUCAGCUCUCAGGGGGGUCCUCUGCAGAUCUCAUACUUCAAUUACUACUUACCCUUCUCCACCUAUGUCCGCAAAGCAUGGCAUGCGCUGGGGUUCCAAGAGCUGGCGGGUGCCAACAGCGGGACCCUGCUGGGAUAUGCAGAUAUUACUGCGACCUUGGAUCCGGUGGCCGAAGUCCGCAGCUCAUCAGAGACCUCCUUCCUGCAGACUGCCAUGGCGAAGUCCUCGCUGCAGGUGUACCAGGCCACCCUCGCCAAUCGCAUCCUCUUCAACGACACCCAGGCUACGGGCGUGGAAGUCACCACUGCGGGCUCCCGAUAUGUGCUUAGCGCGCGAAAGGAAGUUAUUCUCAGUGCGGGCGUGUUUCGUUCGCCCCAGCUGCUGCUGCUCUCUGGAAUUGGACCCGAGUCGACCCUCGACGCCUUCGAAAUCCCGGUGGUAGCGAAUCUGUCUGGAGUGGGACAGAAUAUUCUCGACCACCCUUUCUUCGACACCACCUAUCGUGCCAGCAUCCCCACGCAGACCCAACUGACCACGAAUGCCACCUUCCUUGCUGAGGCAGAAGACGCCUACCUCCGGGAACAGCGGGGUCCCCUGACUGCAUCUGCAGGAAACUAUAUCGGCUGGGAGAAUCUCCCCCAGCCCUACAGAUCCCAACUCAGCAAUACCACGCUCGCCGCGUUAGCGAGUUUCCCCGCCGACUGGCCGGAGCUUCAAUACGUCCCCGUCGCCGCCGCCACGGUGAGCACCAACGACACCGACCCGGCGCACAACUACAUGUCCUGGUCGGUCACGCUAGUCGCCACGACCUCGCGGGGGAACCUCACGCUCAACUCCACCAACGCGCAGGAUAACCCUCUCCUGAACAUCGGGUGGCUGUCCACCCCGGCCGAUCAGGAGCUCGCCGUCGCCGGCCUCAAGCGCGCCCGCCAACUCGCCACCGCGUCCGGGCUGAUCGUUGGCGACGAGAUUGCCCCCGGAACCCAGGUGCAAUCCGAUGAGCAGAUCCUCGAGUAUAUCCGCUCCGAAGUUCGGCCCAUGCAUCAUGCUGUGGCUAGUUGUGCCAUGGGCCCGGCGGGGGAUCCCGACGCGGUGGUCGACAGUCAGGGCCGGGUGUUUGGCGUCAAGGGCCUGCGUGUGGUUGACUCGAGCGUUUUUCCGCUGUUGCCUCCGGGGCAGAUUCAGGCUACUGUCUAUAUGUUGGCGGAGAAGAUUGCGGAUAGGAUUCUCCAAGGGCUCACUGUGGAUUGA